CUACAACAUGCCACACCACCAUCUUCAAUACCUAAGUUUUAUUGUUGGUUUUCAAGCUGCACCGCCUCCCAUUCAUUCUAUAUAGCUUUCUCUCUUCUUUUGCUCUUAACUGAGAUCUCACUGGAGAGAAAUGGCAAGAGACACAAACCUGGACGGGGAAAUUGCGACAUCUGAUGCAACAGGAUCAGCAAGUCAUCCCCCAAACGAAGGACAUGAAAUAACCCAAACAAACACAGAUGGGCAGCAACAAGAUUCAAAGAAGAGCAAUGCCAAAAAAGAAAGCCAUAAAACAGUUCCCUUCUACAAGCUUUUCUCAUAUGCAGAUGCUUUUGAUCGUCUUCUCAUGUUUGUUGGGACAACAGCGGCUGUUGCUAAUGGAAUGACUGUCCCUCUAUUGAUGAUCAUUUUUGGAAAUGUCUUUGAUGCAUUUGGAGAAGCUAGUGACGCCAAAGAAAUGGGUCAUAAUGUCUCCAAGGCGUCUCUUGACUUUGUAUACUUGGCUAUGGGUACUUUUGUAUCUUCAUUUUUGCAGGUGACUUGCUGGAUGGUCACUGGAGAGAGACAGUCUGCAAGGAUAAGAAGCUUAUACCUUGAAGCAAUUUUGAGACAAGAAGUAAGCUUCUUUGAUAGGGAAACCAGCACCGGAGAGGUUAUUACAAGGAUGUCAGGUGACACGGUUCUCAUUCAAGAUGCCAUGGGAGAGAAAGUAGGAAAGUUCAUACAGCAUGUGACAGCAUUUGUGGGAGGAGUGGUCAUAUCAUUUUCCAAGGGUUGGCUUCUCACCCUUGUCCUGUUAUCUUUUCUUCCACUUUACAUCCUCUCUGGUGCCUUGAUGAGCUUCGUCGCUGCAAAGAUGGCAUCUAAAGGAUUAGCAGCCUAUUCCACAGCAGCAAAUGUGGUGGAACAGACAAUCAGUUCCAUUCGAACUGUUGCAUCAUUCACAGGGGAGAAGCAAGCUAUAACCCAGUAUGAUAAAUCUUUAAUAAAAGCUUACCGUGCUGGUGUGGUAGAGGGGGCUGCUUCUGGUUGCGGCUUUGGUGCAGCUCGUUUCUUUAUGUUCUCCAGUCAUGCUUUGGGCGCAUGGUACGGAGGGAAGAUGGUACUAGAGAAAGGAUACACAGGAGGGCAAGUCAUGAGUAUCUUUUUUGCAAUAUCUACUUGCUCCCUGCUUCUAGGGCAGUCAUCUCCCAAUUUGGUUGCAUUUGCUGCGGGACAAGCUGCAGCUGUUAAAAUGCUUGAAACAAUCAAGAGGAAACCAGGAAUUGAUGCUUAUGACACUUCUGGUCAGAAGUUGGAUGAUCUUAAUGGAGAUAUAGAACUAAAGGAGGUUUGCUUUAGCUAUCCUACAAGACCAAAUGAACUAAUAUUCAACGGAUUUUCUCUAUCAAUACCAAGCGGCACUACUACUGCCUUGGUAGGGCAAAGUGGGAGCGGGAAAUCAACUGUUAUCAGUUUGAUAGAAAGGUUUUAUGAUCCACAAUCUGGUGAAGUUCUCAUUGACAAUAUCAAUCUCAGAGAGUUUAACUUGAAAUGGAUUAGAGGGAAAAUAGGCCUUGUCAGCCAGGAACCAAUUCUCUUCGCUUGUAGCAUUAGAGAGAACAUUGCUUAUGGCCGAGAUGGUGCAACCGAUGAAGAAAUCAGAGCUGCAGCAGAACUUGCUAAUGCUACUAAAUUUAUUGAUAAAUUUCCUCAGGGACUAGACACAAUGGUGGGAGAUCAUGGAACCCAGCUCUCUGGGGGUCAAAAGCAGAGAAUUGCAAUCGCAAGAGCAAUCUUGAAAGACCCAAAAAUUUUACUUCUUGAUGAAGCCACCAGUGCCCUGGAUGCCGAAUCUGAGAGAGUAGUGCAGGAGGCAUUGGACAGAAUUAUGAUCAGCAGGACCACGGUGAUCGUAGCCCACCGCUUAAGUACUAUAAGGAACGCAGAUAUAAUAGCUGUUAUUCAUCAAGGAAAGAUAGUAGAAAAAGGGUCACAUGCAGAGCUCACAGGGGAUCCAGAUGGAGCCUAUAGCCAGCUCAUUAGAUUGCAAGAAACUAACAGAGAUCAAGAACAAAAUAAUGCAAAUUACAAGGAUAAGUCUGAAAGCUUUCAGGACUCCGCACGACCUUCAAGUCAACGAUUUUCUUUCGUUCGAUCAACAAGCCAAGGAUCAUCUGGAAAAGGAAACAGCAGUCGUCACUCUUUCUCAAGUCUCGCUUCUACAGCAGCAGGAGAUUCUGACGCAUCACACAACCCUGCCAAAGUCUCACUUCUCCGCCUUGCUCGUUUUAACAAGCCUGAAUUCCCAGUGUUACUCUUGGCUACUUUGGCCGCAACACUGAAUGGAGCAGUAUCCCCCCUUUUUGGGCUCCUGCUAUCUGGCAUGGUGCAUACUUUCUUUGAGCCUGAAGAUAAACUCCGUAAAGAUUCAAAAUUCUGGGCAUAUGUGUUCGUUGCACUUGCUGCGGCAGCCUUCUUUGUGAAUUCCAUAAGGUCCUACUAUUUUGGUGUAGCCGGUUGCAAAUUGAUAAAAAGGAUUCGUCUAUUGUGUUUUGAGAAAAUAGUUCACAUGGAAAUAGGUUGGUUUGACAAAACUGAGAAUUCAAGUGGAUCACUUGGAGCAAGACUUGCUACUGAUGCUGCUGCUAUUCGAGCUGUGGUUGGGGAUGCACUAGGCUUGCUGAUUCAAGAUAUAUCUACUGCAAUCUCUGCCCUAGUAAUUGGCUUUGAGUCAAGCUGGGAGCUUUCGUUGAUCAUUCUUGCUAUGCUACCUUUACUGGUGGUAGUAAAUGCUCAGGUGCACAUUAAAUCCAUGCGAGGAUUCAGUGCAGAUGCAAAGAAACAAUAUGAGGAAGCAAGUCAAGUUGCGAAUGAUGCAGUAGGGAGUAUUAGAACAGUGGCUGCUUUCUGUGCUGAAGAGAAGGUGAUGGAGUUAUACCAUAAGAAAUGUGAAGGACCAAUAAAAGCAGGUAUAAGGCAAGGAUUAAUCAGCGGAACUGGUUUAGGUGUAUCGUUCCUUGUCUUGUAUUCUGUCUAUGGAUGCAGCUUUUAUGCGGGUGCUCGACUUGUUCAAGAUGGAAAAAUAUCAUUCUCCCAAGUUUUUCGAGUCUUCUUCGUUCUCACUAUGGCCGCUGUAGCACUGUCUCAAUCUGGUCUAAUGGCCCCAAGUGCAAGCAAAGCAACCGAUUCUGUUGCUUCUAUAUUUGAUAUUCUUGAUCAGAAAUCAAAAAUAGACUCUACCGAUGUCUCUGGAUUGACAUUGCAAGAUUUGAAGGGAGAAGUUGAGUUUCGCCAUGUUGCUUUCAAGUAUCCCACCAGGCCUGAUGUUCAAAUAUUUAGAGAUCUCUGCUUGACCAUUCAUUCAGGAAAGACUGUUGCACUAGUGGGAGAAAGUGGAAGUGGAAAGUCGACUGUGAUCUCGUUGCUACAAAGAUUCUAUGAUCCAAACUCAGGUCACAUUACAUUAGAUGGAAUCGAAAUUCAAAAGCUACAGAUCAAAUGGUUAAGGCAACAAAUGGGCUUAGUAAGCCAGGAGCCUAUGUUGUUUAAUGACACCAUUCGAACUAAUAUUGCAUACGGAAAGGAAGGAGACGCAACAGAAGCAGAAAUUAUAGCUGCUGCAGAACUGGCAAAUGCUCACAAGUUCAUUAGCAGCUUGUAUCAGGGGUAUGACACAAUUGUGGGAGAGCGAGGAUUUCAAUUAUCUGGGGGACAAAAGCAACGAGUGGCAAUUGCAAGAGCCAUAGUGAAGAAUCCUAAGAUAUUACUACUAGAUGAAGCCACCAGUGCUCUUGAUGCUGAAUCUGAAAAAGUGGUUCAAGAUGCGUUGGAUCGUGUGAUAGUGGAUAGAACCACAAUUGUUGUGGCUCAUAGGUUAUCCACAGUGAAGAAUGCAGAUUUAAUUGCAGUGGUUCAAAAUGGAGUCAUUGCAGAGAGGGGAAACCAUAAAACUUUGCUCAAAAAAGGCGGAGCCUAUGCUUCCUUACUAGCACUGCACAAAAGUACUUGAUCAUGAUAAGCAGGAUGCUCCAACCACUUUGCUGCUUUUAUCCGAUUUCUUCUAAAUAAAGAUCAAUAUUUGCAUAUUGCCAUGGAUUUCAAAUCAAUAUUAGCAUACUUGUAGUAAAAAAUCUUAGGUGUGUUGCUGUUACUUGUGUCAGACCUAGUCUGUAUACAACUGCAAAAUAACAACAAUGGCAAAUUU